GCCAAGGCGUCUUAGCUAUUACUUUUAAAUACAAGUACUGUGUUUCAUGAGAACGGAAGCUGUAUCUUCUUGGGUUUCAAUGAGUUGCCCGUACCUAGCACAUAACAGUAUCUAAUAAAUAAAUGCAUAGACAAAACUUGGCUUACAUUUGGAAAUGGAACCAUCUGGGUCUUUUUAUGUCAACCCAAAUUGAAUAUCUACUGUGUUGAGAGCCACAGAGGCACCUAGAGCGAGUCCUCCUGUCCAGAGGAUUUGACAUUAAGAUGUAUUCAGCAGAAAAGACGCUAGACAUAAACUUGCUGACUGAAUGCAUGCAUGAAUAAAUGAAUGGCUGUGAAGACCGAAUAAACAUGCCCUGAGUCCGGUACCCCAUGCAGGUAUUUGCACACACUGCUUCCUCCGAAUAGGGCACCAGGUUGCACCGAGGUCUGCGGGCCUCAGCUCCACACCACACCAGAAUUCCCGCCCCAGCCCUGCGACGCGGCGCGUGACGUCAUAUCCGCGACUAACUCGCUCAUCCGGGAGGCGGAGCAGGCGGAAGCCAAAAAUACACAUCCCUGGAGUUUCUAGGGCCAUGCUCAGGCCUCUAUAGGGGAAGCUCCAGGCCUUGGCGGAUUCUUGCCGUGAACAGGAUUCAGGGAGGCGUCAGCAUAGUCCGGCGGAGAGCUGGUAGGCGGAAGACCAGAGCGAAGCGACAGUUUUCCUUGAGCGGGCUCAGUCGGCCGCGCUGGGGUCGCUGGACGCGCAAUCCAGGCCGCAAGCGCAAGGCGGGUCCUGCUUGCGGCGCCGAGUGAGUCGGAGUACCUCCCCGCCCCGGCCGAGGUCGAAGCAAGCGAAGGUUAGGCCCAGCCGCGAAGCUGCUUGGGCCUCUGUACGACGCGGUCGCGGAAGCGGAGGGUAGAGGUUGCGAGGGCUGAGUGGGACCACGAGUGCAGAGCGCAUGCGUCAUGCGUCAGGUCCAACUUCUUUGGGACUCUCUGAACUUCCUGGAAGUCUAUUUGCUUUGCCAGAUUGGGGAAGUUCUCCUUCAUUAUUUUUUCAAGUGUAAUCAGCAUCAGAAAAGAUGCCAGCCCCAGCUGCCACAUACGAAAGAGUAGUUUACAAAAAUCCCUCUGAGCACCACUACAUGAAAGUCUGCCUAGAAUUUCAAGAUCAUGCAAUUGGAUUAAAUGCUGCACAGUUCAAGCAGCUCCUUCUUUCAGCCCUGAAGGACCUGUUUGGGGAGGUUGAUGCUGCCUUACCCUUGGAUAUCAUAACUUACGAGGAGAAGACCUUGUCAGCCAUCCUGAGAAUAUGUAGCAGUGGUCUUGUCAAAUUGUGGAGCUCUUUGACCCUUUUAGGAUCUUAUAAAGGCAAGAAAUGUGCUUUCAAAGUGAUUCAGGUUUCUCCCUUUCUCCUUGCAUUAUCUGGUAAUAGUAGGGAACUAGUAUUGGAUUGAAUAGUCCUCAAUUUCAGAAACAUUCCUCUACUCUCAAAAGUACUUUUUGGUGCCAGCAUAAUGUUUGAACACUGAAGCAG